AUGCUGAACGUGCCGAAGAAGUGGAAAAACAUCACCCGCCGCCGUGGUGACCAACAUCUCUCAAUGAUCAUGAACGAGUCACCAACAUCAUAUCGCUCGUUUGCAGUCUCCUUAGCGCUCUUCGGUCUCCUUCGACACCAAACACUCAGCUUCACCUCACUCAUCGACACAACCGCCAAAAUGUGUAUCGUCAAGGAAGUCAGGCUGGCGCGCGUCGAGUCCAGCGUAUCUGUUGCGGGCUGGAUGCACCCUGUGGAAAGACGGAGGUUCAAGGACUGCGGACAAGAAGACUGCUUUGACUCUACGCACUGCACUGAUAAGCGAGCCAAGGACCUUAAGGAAGUUAAAGACUGGACGCCAGCGGACGGAUACGACUACGUAGGCGGGGAGGAGGAUCGGGAGAGGCAUGAGCGGGAGCAGGAGGAGAAGGAGCAGAAGGAGGAGGAGCAGAAGGAGGAGCAGGAGCAGAAGGAGGAGCAGGAGCAGAAGGAGCAGGGGAAGUAA